AGACGUGUUGUUGAAGUGCGUAAAAUAGUUUAUCAGCUGUGAGCAUUGAACUUAUAAAACUAUCAAUAAACAUAUUUUAAAUUAAAGAAACGUUUAUUUAAACAAAUAUAUUACAUUAUUAAGUUACAAAUAGUUCAAGCUAUCUCCAAUUCAACCAAAAUGGCGAUACGCACCAAAGACCAACUGGCUGUACUAUUGAAGCUAAUUGAAGUCAACAAAAUUGGUUUAACACGCAGAAACUUGAGCAUCAGGCAACGUAUAUGGCAGGUUAUAACACAAAAGCUCAAUGAAAUGCAAGGUGCCGAGAAGGACGUUGAAGGUUGGAAGCGGAGUUACAAUUCUUGGCGUUUGAACGCUGGAAAAUAUCAUGAGGAAGAGAAGGAGCGCAUUAUCAAAGAUGUUGCGGAUGAUGACUAUUUCAUUAUAAAUGUCACCGAAGAUGAUAUGGCUAGUGAUACGACUUACGAUGAGACUGCUACAUACCUAGAUCCCAAAGACCGUCAGUUAACGCUCUUGCACGAACUGGUUAGUAAGCAAAGACUCUUAUUUAUCAACACUGCUGAAGAUGACGAACCACUAAGACAGCGGCUGUGGCAAAAUAUAGCAGAUGAGUUGAAUAGCAUACCAGAUGGCGUUAAAUUGCCCAAGGAAGAGUGGCAAAAGCACGUUGAUUUGCGUCAGUACACUGUGCCGCGUGGAAGGAAGCGGAAACACUUUCGAAAGCCAGCAGCAAAAGACAAAAACAAUGAGCAGCUCGAUGUCUUAGAAACUGCAAACAAAACACCCGCUUCCUACGAGAGCGCUUAUGAAGAGUAUAUAGUUGAAGAUUUCCCAAUUAUGGACAAACCAUGCACAACAACAACAACAGAAGAACAACAUAAACAAAAGGACGUGCAUGUGCAUGACGUCUUCGCUGAAAUUGACGAUACUGACGACAACACUGAUGAUAUUAUAAAUCUACUAAAUGAGCAUGACGAUAGCAAUAAUGCGAGUGAGAGUUUUCCUUUUGACAUUGAUGAUGUCGAGGGAGAUGACUUCCUUGACAAUGCGGAAAGUGUGAAUAACGCAACAGCAGAUUAUGACGCAGGCAAGAGCAAACGUGCCAGAUUAACACCAAUCGUUAAAUCCUUUAAAUUCUCAAAUCGCAUAGUCAACGCUGUGGAGCAAUUAAAGGAUGACGUCAAAGAAACCAAAGAUAUGCUGAAGCAGACGACAAACCUGCUGAAUCGUAUGUGCAAUAUUAUGGAAGAACGUAAUAAGAAACAAGAUGAGACAAAUGCGCUGCUAAAACGCAAUGGACAAAUGCUAAAGAUACUGGUGGAAUAUAAGUGUGGCAUGCGUGGCAAGGCGAAAAAGUGAGGUGUGUGUGUGAAAUUAAAUGAAGUUAAGGGAAAAGUGCAAAGAAAGUAAUAAAUAUUUAUGAAGUGUGUAAA